GAGGGCGCCAGUAAACAUGACGCACGCACAGGCAGCUCGCUCAAGAAAAAAGCACUAGCCCUACAUUAGGUCGGCACAAAUUGUGUACGCCUGCGCCCUUGACAUGCCGCUGUCUCGCUGCUUUAAAACAGCUGCACUUGAAAGUGUUAGCCGCUGGAUACCAACCCUGACGAAUCGAAUAACAUGAAUUCUUAAAAUAUCGCAUACAUUUACACAGUACCCUUCGGGCAAGUCUAAUAAUAUGCACGGAUAUCGGCUGGCCGUGAGCACCGUACGCGUCACGUAAACUUGAAGUUCGCUGGAGAUUAUUUCAUUUUCUUAUUCGCCAUAUGGAGACUCUGCUCUAGAUAUCCCACAGUCUUUGAGAUGAUCCAUUUCUGCAAUGGCGAGGGGUCUGUUUUCACGGGCCUGGCUUUCAAAGACUUACCACUUUCAGGUUCGCCUGUCUUAUACUCGAGUGAAGUAUCUCUUUCUCACAUGGCUUGCUGUAUUUGUGGGCAGUUGGGUUGUGUAUGUGCAAUACUCUACUUACACUGAGCUGUGCAGAGGACGAGAAUGCAAGAGCAUCAUUUGUGACAAAUACAGCAAAGGUAUUAUUGAUGGAUCUGCCUGUAGCAGCCUGUGUGAAGAAAGCUCACUAUACUUUGGAAGGUGCCUCUCCACCAAGCCAAACAAUCAGGUCUAUACAGGCAGCUGGGGUGACCAGGACGGCAUCAUUAAGUGUCAGCUGAGUGACGUCCUGCACUAUGAGCUGGGAGAGGAGCUGGAGCCAAAGAAAGAGAUCGCACUUUUUGACAAACCCACUCGAGGAACCUCUGUAGAGAAGUUCAAAGAGAUGGUUGCCAGUCAUUUGAAGGCGAAAGUUGGAGAGCAAGCCAACCUCCCCAGUUUGGUAAGCCUGAUUCUUUCAGUGGCCGACAGCAAUAAAGAUGGCCACAUCUCUCUGCCCGAAGCCAAGUCUGCUUGGGCUUUGCUGCAGCUCAACGAGGUUCUGCUGGCAGUGGUGCUCCAAGGCCGAGAGCACACACCUAGACUGUUGGGCUUCUGCGGGGACCUGUACAUGGUGGAGCGUGUGCCUCACGCUCCGCUGUACGGCCUCAGUCUGCCGUGGCCCAUGGAACUAUGGAUCCCUACGGGCAUGCGGCGAAGCAUGGACCAGUGGUUCACUCCUUCCUGGCCCCGCAAGGCCAAGAUCUUUAUCGGCUUGCUGGAACUUAUAGAAGACAUCUUCCACGGUACCUUUGGGAGCUUCUUAAUGUGCGACAUGAGAGCCAGUUCUUUCGGGUACACCGAUCGUCACGACCUCAGGCUGGUGGACGGGCGGCGCGUAGUUGCCGAGGAGGCCUUCAAACAGGCCAUGAUCCUUCAGCGCUGUGAGGAUGACGAGGACUGCGUGUACGGUGUGGACUGUAGGACUUCAUGUGACCGCGCAGAACACCGAUGCAUGCCCGAGGUGGCUCAGCCCAACCUGGCCAGGGCCUGCAGAGCUAUGAAGGAUUACCUCCUACGAGGAGCUCCCUUCUAUAUACAAGAAGAGCUGGAGAAGCAGCUGUAUGCCUGCAUGGCUCUCAAAGGUUCAGCCGAGCAGAUGGAAAUGGAGCACUCGCUCAUUCUCAACAACCUCAAGACCCUGCUGUGGAAACAGAUCUCGCACACCAAUGACUCCUGAAGGAAAAAGAUGCGCUGGUGACUACAUUCAGAUUCCUGAAUGUCUUCUGAAGCACUUCAGGCCAUUGUGGAUCUGGCUGGAAAUUACAAUGCUGGUAGGAAAGUGGCUGGAAAAAAUGCUGAUGGCAAUAUUCAGUGCUGCUUCGAAACUAAAGUUCUCUUUAGGAGGAGGUAGAAUUAAAUCUGUGAGAUUUUGCUCAGGCUCAACUUUAGAGUAACGUUCACGUCCGUCUCGUGUUCAUGUCUUCACUCUUUGUCAUACACGAUUGAUCAGUGAUCAUGUUAAUUUUACACUUCCUUCAGAUGUAAUGAAGGAGCAAAUGAUGCUAACUUUGCAUCCAUUGUUGGAUGUUAACAUAGAAAAUUAAGGAAUGUAAUCAGCACCGACUGUGGUUGUGUGUCUCGUAUUGUAAUGUUUGUCACAUGAGCACAGCAAAAAGAGCCAUAAAAGAGCCAUUUUGAAAUGGACAUAUUAAUCCAAUGCCUUGAUAUGCAUGUUGCCAGUGAGUGUGUGUGUGUGUGUGUGUGUGUGUGUGUGUGUUGUGGUUUUUUUGUUUUUUUUGUUUUGGUUUUUUAUUUCGAUGCUUGUGUGCGAAAAUGCCUCAUUCCUUGUACUUUGACAAUUCUUAGAAAUAGCCAGACUGCAUCACACACCUAUGACCUGAAGGUAACACUUUACAAUAAGGUUCAAUUUGAUAACAUUAGUAGCUAACAUGAACUAACAAUGAACAAUAUUUUAAAGCAUUUUUUAAUCUAGAUUGUUAUAAAUAUACUUAGUAGAGCUGUCAAACGUAAUGUGUUAACCCUUGUGAUUUUUUUUUUUCAGUUUAACCCGUUAAAAAAUAUUUAACGCAGCAUCCAUUUUUUCCAUCAUAAUUUGGCUAGCGUUACAUUAUAUCAUCAUGCUCUUGUUACAAAUGCUUUUACAUCACUCAAGCGCCACACGACAAACAAGAACGCACUGUCUGUGAAUGUUGUGUCUGACACAAAUGACUCGUGUGCACAGAAAGACGUGGCGCCAGUAUCGAGCUAUGAUGUCUGUCAUUAUUGUUAAUCAAAGAACAAAGGUAACAUAAAAUUGUAGCUUUAAUAAGGAUUAAUCUAUAUUUCAUUUAUUAUUUAUGCAGUGUAGACUGUAAAGUGUUUGAUAACUUUAUUCAAUUUCUGUAUAUUUCUGUUAGACAGGUAGGAAGGCCACAAUAUGACAUUUAUUAUAAUGAUUGUUUUAAGUUCACUUAAAUUAUUUUUUUAAAGCCUAAUAAAUGUUGAAAUUGAUGACUUUCAGUUAUACUGUAAUGUUGAAUGUCUAUAAUUAAUGUUUAAAAAAAAAAGACAUCAGUACCAGUGAUACUGGCCUCAUUCAUAAGAUGCCAUUCAAAUAUUUAAAAUACACUCAAGUUGUUUAUACAUUAAUUUUAAGAGUAACUGAAAUCAUUACAAUCUAAAAAUAUUACUCAAGUUUUUAAUUGCGAUUGUCAGAAAAAACAUGAUUAAUUUUUUUUUAAUAGAUUGACAACACUAAUACUUACACGUUAACAUUUCAAGUUGUAUAAAUUAAUGUAUUAAUAAUGUAUUACAAACAUAAAUUACCGUUGAACACCAGCUUAACAUUAACCUAGAUUAAUAAAUGCUGUAAAUUUAGUUUGUGAUACAUAAUGCAUUAAUGAAUUUAAUCUUCUUGAAAAGUGUUACCAAUCCAAAUGUUUACAAGAACGAGUUUCAUGAUUCUUGCUAAAGGAAGGAAGCCUCUCAACUAUGAAAUUUCACAGCAUUGAUCAUUAUAUUUCUAAUCAUUUUAGAUGUUGGGUUUACAAUUUAUACUUCCUAGGCAUGUCUAGUGAAAACCAUCUUGGUAUGGUAAAAAUUAGACUUUAAUCUAAAACAAUAUGAAAUGCCUAUCAUCAGUCAUUAUUCUUAAGGUACUAAUAAAUGAAGAGAUAAAAGGGUGCUUCAUGUUUUUUCAUCAACCAUUUUUCAAUGGGAUGUUUCAGAUUGUACAUUGUCAGACUGCUUCAAUUUUGUGUAUUCAUAAAUCUCACUGCUGCUGAUUAAGAGUUAAAUGGAGAUUUUUAUAAGUUUUGAUUGCAUGACUUUGCACAUUAAAAGUGUUUCAAAAAACA